CACCAUAUGACUAACCUUAUGAGUGCAUUGUCAAAACUUUCACAGGCUUUGGAUUCCAAAAAUAUUGGAGAAGUUCUUCUCGCUCUUCAGAAUUUCGAUGAAGAAUUCAGCGCUGAAAAAUGUGAAGAUGUCUUCGUUAGAUGCUUACAAGAAAUUAUUUCAUGGGACUUGACGGUUUCUCUAGAAAUAUCUGAAACGGUAGUUCGACAAAUGAUGAAUCGAUUGGAAAAUCAAGCGGUGUUGGAAGAAAUGUGUAACUAUAUAAUCAAACAACAAUCAUCUGUCACUGUGGAAAUUGCAGUGGAGAUAAUGAUAGAGCACGGCUGGAUUUUAAGAACAGAUGAUUGUAGAGAAGUCUGGAAACAAAUCGAGUCUGCGAAAAAUACUGAAAAAAUCGAAAUUCUCGCAAGAAGAAUGACUGCAAAUUGUAGAAUUCUGAGGUUAUCUGGAGCUCCGAAAAGAUUUCUUGAAAAAUUACUCAAGGAUGUUAUAAUAUCGCUCAAUGCAAAUAAGGUCAACAUUCCCAUGAAAUUUCUAAAUGAGCUCGCUAUUGUUUCUCCCUUUCAUCCUAUCCUCGUGAUCGAAGAUUUCAAGAAGGACUCCGAAUAUUUUUAUAUUCCACACGUUGUUUCAGAAGAGACCCGAUUCCAUUUGGAAGUGAAAGAGUUCACAAAUUUCUUUCAAAUUGAAUCAACUUAUCACAAAGAACAAGCAUGUCAGAUGCUUCAAGUGUUUAAUCAGAUUUACAAACGAAUGGAGCUUAUCCCUCAAUUGGAAGCUCCCGAAAUUGAUAAAAUUGUAGAAUUUUGGCUUGCUGCUCUUCGAAUAUUCAAUGGAUAUGGAAUUGGGAUGAACGACAUAACAGAAUCAGCCAAGCUUUUAGAGAAAACAGCUUCUAGAUAUUCUCUCAAAAGCAGACCUCUGUUUCUGAAGCAUUUUCUUAAAAAAAUUUCCGAAAAGAAAGAUACAAAUAUUGGUUUGGAACCGCAAGUUGUUGCAACCAUCAUCACAACUUACCAGCGAAAUGCAUUCGGCCUCAGGUCACCUGAAUUUUAUGAAGAACUUGGUGAAUUUUGGGCACUGUGUUUGAAGAUUAAAUACGAUGACGUUUAUUUUGCAACUGUCUACUUCUCUGCUGUGUUCGCACUAGCUCAGGCACAAGCAGUUUUCAAAAUUAAAAAAGAGCUCUGUCGUGAAGUUUACCAUAAGAUUCUUCAACCGAUGCACGAGCAGCUUGUCGACUUUGUCAAGCUGAAACAAGUUGAAUCCAAUAAAGCUACGAGUGAGGAAGAAGUAAUGCGCCUGGAGCACCAAAAUAUCGGCGCAAGCUACUUUUCCAUUUUGACAUGCACCUACAAAAAUGCUGAGGAUCGGAUUUUGGAGUUUAUGAAAGAAAAUUAGCCGACGAGUAUUUUUGAAACAUACUUUCCUUAUUUUUUCAAUUGGUCUUUCAUUUGAAUAUCUAUUUUCUUUGAUAAAUUAAUAAAAAAACUUCUCUUC